AUGAAGAAGCUAAAUAUAGACGAAAGCGAAAUAAAACUACCUACUUUACCCUCUUCUGUAUUAAUAGAUACCCCAAAUGAUAGAUAUUUACGAUAUAGAGAUCAUCUGAACUCCUUUCAGAAAAGGCAUCGAGGUUUCGUAUCAAAUUCUAAUAAUACAUUACCAGAUUUAGGAAAACGACAACUGGUUCGUAAAGAGUUGAAUGUAGCAGCACCAUUCCGAAUUCAGUCGAAUGAAUUCAUUCUAACAAAGGGAAAUAACUCAUUAGAUAAUGAAAUGGAAAAACCUGGUGCAUUAAAUAACAUAAGGUACUGGAGUAAGAAAUAUAAACGUCUGUCACAUACGUUAACAGACUAUAAAAUAAAACAAUCUUACAGUUGGACGAAACUAGAACUACAAGCCGAUGAUAAGCAAUCCAAUAUGGCGACCAAAUCAUACAAAGCAAAGCAGUCAAAAAUGAGACGUCCUCGAGUUGCUUCAUCAUCAAGUAGCAGUACAUUGUCUUCAUCAUCCGUAGGAACCCGAAUUGAUUCUCCGUUGAUACUAUACAAGUUGUCUGGAUCAUCGUCUAAUGUGAAAUGGACUCAAACUCUAGCAGAGUUUCUCGUGCGAUAUGGUUUUGAUAGAACGUCGCUAUGUUCCAUGACAGGACCAACUUAUCAGAGCCUGUUGUCUCGAAUAGACUCUUGCGUUGUCGAUACGUCGGAAUAUGACGAAUUUGCUCGACGAAAAGAAAAGACAAUAAUGGACAAGUUACCUAGAUAUACUCCGAGAUAUAACGACUAUAGCGUCACUAAAUCCGAAUUGGGACCUUGUUUCCCUGUAUUCGUUUCCGAGGAUUCACCUAUUAGAAAAUGUGGUCGUGUACGGAGAUGA